CCGCCGCUAACAUCCGCUUGACUCGCUAUCGGUGCUGGAAAAAGGACUUUGAGAAACUGCAGCGAUGUCAGUCCAGGUUGUGGCAGCGAAAAUGGCAGAGGUCGAACUCAAAGACGUCCCCACCGGCAAAGAGUUGUCGGCCGAAUCCCCGGUGACACCGACCUCGGAGGGCAAGAACAUCCCCAGAAACGACCCGCACGAGGCAGGUUCCUCCGCUGCUACGUCCCCCGCCGCGGAGCCAUCCGCGAAAGCCGGGGAAGGCUUGCUCACCCCGAUCCCCGCAAAGAUGCCCCAGGCGUCAGCUAUGAAGCGCACGGACCCGCAGCAGAACGGCGGAGAGGCUUUCGUGAACCGAGACGGCACCGUGGCCGAGGCUCCGCGGAUGAAGAAGCAGAUCCAGUUCGCAGACCAGAAGCAAGAGUUCAACAAGCGUCCCUCUAAAAUCGGCCGGCGCUCCCUGUCCCGCUCCAUCUCCCAGUCCUCCACAGACAGCUACAGCUCAGCGGCAUCGUACACAGACAGCUCCGAUGAUGAGACGUCUCCUCGGGACAAACAGCAGAAAAACUCCAAGGGCAACGGGGACUUCUGCAUCAAAAACAUCAAACAGGCAGACUUCGGACGCAGAGAGAUCGAGAUUGCAGAGCAAGAGAUGCCGGCUCUGAUGGCUCUGAGGAAGCGAGCCCAGGGGGAGAAGCCCCUCGCCGGCGCCAAGGUGGUGGGCUGCACCCACAUCACUGCCCAGACUGCUGUGCUGAUGGAAACUCUGUCGGCUCUCGGGGCGCAGUGCCGAUGGGCAGCCUGCAACAUCUACUCCACCCAGAACGAAGUGGCAGCUGCCCUGGCAGAAGGAGGGUUCAGCGUCUUCGCGUGGAAGGGCGAGUCCGAGGACGACUUCUGGUGGUGCAUCGAUCGCUGCGUCAACGUGGAAGGCUGGCAGCCCAACAUGAUUUUGGACGACGGCGGAGACCUGACUCACUGGAUUUACAAAAAGUAUCCAAACAUGUUCAAGAAGAUCAAGGGCAUCGUAGAGGAGAGCGUCACUGGCGUGCACAGGUUGUACCAGCUGUCCAAGGCCGGGAAGCUGUGUGUGCCGGCCAUGAACGUCAACGACUCGGUCACCAAGCAGAAAUUCGACAACCUCUACUGCUGCAGAGAGUCCAUCUUAGACGGGCUGAAGAGAACCACUGAUGUUAUGUUUGGAGGGAAACAGGUGGUGGUGUGUGGAUACGGAGAGGUUGGAAAGGGCUGCUGUGCCGCGCUCAAAGCAAUGGGCUCCAUUGUCUACGUCACAGAGAUCGACCCCAUCUGUGCCUUGCAGGCCUGCAUGGACGGCUUCAGGCUGGUCAAACUCAACGAAGUCAUCAGACAGGUGGACAUCGUCAUCACCUGCACAGGCAAUAAGAACGUGGUGGUGAGAGAGAACCUGGACCGCAUGAAGAACGGCUGCAUCGUCUGCAACAUGGGGCACUCCAACACCGAGAUCGACGUGGCAAGCCUGCGGACUCCUGAACUAACCUGGGAAAGGGUGCGCUCUCAGGUGGAUCAUGUAAUCUGGCCUGAUGGCAAGAGGAUAGUCCUACUGGCAGAGGGCCGCCUGUUGAACCUCAGCUGUUCCACUGUGCCCACUUUUGUGCUCUCCAUCACCGCCACGACCCAGGCGCUGGCUCUGAUAGAGUUGUACAAUGCCCCCGAGGGACGCUACAAACAGGACGUUUACUUGCUGCCCAAAAAGAUGGAUGAGUACGUGGCCAGCCUACAUCUCCCAACAUUCGACGCACAUCUCACCGAGCUGACCGACGAGCAGGCCAAGUAUCUGGGCUUGAACAAGAACGGGCCCUUCAAGCCAAACUACUAUCGGUAUUAACCAGUGUUGGAGUUGAAGUGAAGAAGUACCAACACUCCAGGACUCGCACAGACUCAGAGGAAGAGGACCGAACAGCCAACACACCGGCUUCAUAACCAGGGGGGGGCGGGGCGGGGGGGGGGGGGGGGGGGGCCGGGCUCUGCCUGAGCGCUGGGAGGGGGCGUGACUUUAUUCGUUCUUUCGGCAGCCGUUUUCAUUUCUUCACACUCGACAACAGUAAUAAUAAUAAUAAUAAUAAUAACAAUGAUGAUGACCGGGCGGAGCAGCUCCUGCCAUUUAUUUCCCAGAGGCUCGCUGGCUCGCCCCGCCCCCCCCCCCCCCCCCCCCCCGCCCCCCGACCUUCCUCCCGUCAUUUCGUCAUCAUCACCUUUCCCUCUAGACACGCGUUUCUACGUCGAGUUGUAUGUAAAACCGCUCCUCUCCCCUCCCAUUGCCAGAUCUUUUAUUGUUUAUCUGUUGGAGAUUAAAUCGCUUAAAAGAUAUAUAGCUUAUAAAAAUCUUGAUUAAAAAAAAAAAAAAAAACCCUGUCUGAAUGAGGAUGACGGUUUAGUGACGGAUGAUUUUCUUUUCCCUCUCUGUUUUUGAUGUUGUUACCGUCUUUUCUUUUUUUUUUACUUGUGAUUUUUGAUUAUUUUUUCUCGUGUAAACUUUGUCAGGGUGGAGCUAGACUAAGGGGUAGGCGGGGUCUCAGGGUCCAAUCAUAUCAUUUGUUUUUUUUUUUUUGUUUUUUGAUUUUUUCGUCUUUGAUUGAGAUUCACCAAUUCUCUAUUUGUCAGCAUUUUCUUUACUGAUGCUACUUUCCUUAUUGAUCAGCCUGUAGUUUUGUUCUUAUUUGUUUUUACAUGACUGGAUGGUGAUUGGUUCUUUCCACUUGUCACUCGAACCCACAGUCAAAACAUCUCAUUGGCUGAUUUUUUUUUUUGUUUUCUCCACUUCAAGCUGCUCCCACAAUGAAGUAAUGAAAAGUAUUAAAGUUUUUCAUUCGGUCUUUCAUUUGAAGCAAGGUGUAUUGUUGGAUCAUUACGAGGGGAUACUGUAUAUUUACAUAUUUAUAUAGAAAUGGCAUGUUUUCUAUCUUUUCUCUGCUUCUUGCACAAUCUAAUGUGAGUUCUUUGGAAACAUGAACAUGUCAUACAAACAAGCAAUUAGAUGUUGUAUUGACAGGUGUGACGAAUAGACUCAAACCCUCGUUUUGAAUACUGUGACAAAAUAUUGAGAUAUACCAAAUGUUGCAGCAGGCUGUCGCCAGGCCGGUGCUCGGGCAAAUUUCUUCAGUCAGGUCCUGAUUUAGGGGAGAAAAAAAACCAAACAAAAAAAAAAUAAUACAAGUAUGGUGCUCAUCAGAUUUACUGUAUCUGCCAUACGCUAAUAACACAACUCUUUGGUACUCAGAUGUUAAAUGGUGCAGUUUAAAAACCACUUUAAACUCAUUCGUUCAUUUCAGUCAACAACAAACAAACAUGUAUGUCCAUGUAUAUGUGUCACAGGUCGAUUUCCGCUCCCCUUUCCCCCUUAAAGUAUUUUACCUGAACUUGAAGCUCAUCUGCCAGCUCUGCUUCCACCGAGUGGGAUCAAACACACACACACACACACACAUAUAUACCGCAGCGCGUCAUCCAACCCUGUGUGCUGCGUCGUAUAUGUGAAAUCAAUUCCACCGCUCCUCUGAAACAGCAGGAAAUAGCACAAAAGCUCAGUUUACCAGCAAGAAUAAAUCCUUUGUCUCACAAUUGAAAAACGCCGGCGACGUUUCAGUGGAGUUUUCCACAUUACGACUGAACUUGACUCCAACCAAAGUCUUUGAAGGAGCCGUUCGGCGCUGUGGGAAAGCUGCUUUGUUUUUUUUUUUGUUGUUUUUUUUUUCUUGCCAGUCUGCCGCUACGUACUUGAAAACGAGCGCGGCUUCAGCCUUCGAUCUGCUGUCCAAAAGCACCGUUUGUUUCAUCGUUCUACUUUUUUUUCUUUUCAAGGAAAUCCAGUAAAGCAAGUCAAAAUCUAAGUGUUUAAACCUCUGAUGUUCUGACUGUACACCGAUACGCCAUCAUCCAAGGACGAACUCUCUUCCUGUCACACUGUUCCCUGCCAAUAUCUGUGCAUCUCUGUCUCCUUGUGCAGUUCAAAAUCCCACUUUUGAAGUUGUGUGACUUGUUUUCCUGUUUUUAGUUCUUAAUCCUGUUGUCUUAAGUUUUAUUUUUCUCCUUUUUUUUGUUUUUUUGUUUUGGUUUUUUAAUGUGAAUGUGUGGUAUGCUCUCUACAGAGAGCUGAGAUGACUAUUGAUGACGAUUGUGCGUGCGUGUCUCGAUGUCUUUCUGUAUUUGUACACAUCUUUUUUUUCUUUCCUUUUUUUGCUUUCUUUGUAGGCCGUAGUUGCUUCGUUAACAGCUGCCUCAGGAUCCUAGCCUGUGGGGUUAGGGGGGAGAAACUGUUUUGGUUUUUCGUCGGCGCCGAGCUGACCGACACGCGGGUGGGCAGGGGGAAGACACCAGCAUCGUAUGUGUAUAUAUACAUAUUAUAUACAGAUAUGACAACCUUUAAAAAAAAAAAGUAUAGGAAGGUAAAAGAAGAAUCGACUCCUGUAUUUAUUGUUGUAAAUCCUCAUACGCUGCAAACUGGCAGAAAUUCUCAAACAUGUUUUAAGUUGUCUAAUAAAGAU